CUCGCUCUUGGAGCGGUUCGUACGGAGAGGACACAGAAAUGGAAUUUCCCUCUUCUUUCACUAGUACUGAAAGAGCGUUUGUUCACCGGCUCUGUCAGUCUCUUGGACUGAUAUCUAAAAGUAAAGGAAAAGGGGCAAAUCGAUACCUAACUGUAAGGAAGAAGGAUGGAUCAGAACUAAAACGUGCAGUAAUGACUUGUGCCUUGACUCCUGUUACAAAACAUGCUGUUUGUACUUUAAUUCGGAAUUUCCCUGUCACAAAUAAAGAACGAACAGAACUUCUGCCGAAGACAGAGCGAGGGAAUGCAUGUGCUGUUGAAUCUGAAAGCAGAGAAGUGAUUAAGACAAGUGGACGACUCAAUGAUGGUAUACCCCAGGUUCCAGUGAAAAGAGGAGAAUCUGACUUUGAUUCCUUCAGGCAAUCACUACCAGUUUUUGAAAAACAGGAAGAAAUUGUCAAAAUAAUAAAGGACAAUAAAGUUGUUUUGAUUGUAGGAGAAACAGGAUCAGGAAAAACUACUCAAAUCCCUCAGUUUAUUCUUGAUGACUGUUAUAAAACUGGAACUCCCUGUCGUAUAUUUUGCACUCAGCCAAGACGUUUGGCAGCACUUGCUGUGGCUGAAAGAGUGGCAGCAGAAAGAAGAGAAAAGAUUGGCCAGACCAUUGGUUAUCAGAUCCGAUUAGAAAGCAGGGUUUCUCCAAAGACACUGGUGACAUUUUGCACUAAUGGCAUCCUGCUUCGCACGCUCAUGGCAGGAGACAGCACCCUAUCUAAUGUGACACAUGUUAUUGUGGAUGAAGUACAUGAGAGGGAUAGGUUCAGUGACUUCUUGUUAAUAAAACUGAGAGAUGUGUUGCAAACCCAGCCUAAUUUAAAACUCAUUAUUUCUAGUGCAGCUCUAGAUGCAAAUCUCUUUAUUAGGUAUUUUGGAUGUUGUCCAGUAAUACACAUCCAAGGAAGACCUUUUGAAGUUAAAGAAAUGUUUUUGGAGGACAUUUUACGAACUACUGGGUAUACAAACAAAGAGAUGAUAAAGUACAAAAAAGAGAAGCAGCAAGAAGAGAAGCAGCAAAGCUCUCUUACUGAAUGGUGUUCUGCUCAAGAAAAUAAUAGCACACUAGAACCUCAGAGACAAAAAUCUGUCCCAAGGGCAACGGAAGAGUAUAAUCUGUUGGGUGAUGGCGGUGAUACAGUAUUUAAUCAACUGACUGAAAAAGAUGUGAAUUGCCUUGAACCGUGGCUAAUAAAAGAAAUGGAUUCUUGUCUUUCUGACAUCUGGUUGCAUAAAGAUAUUGAUUCCUUUGCUCAAGUGUUCCACCUCAUUUUAAAUGAAAAUCUCAGCGUUGAUUAUAGACACAGUGAAACCAGUGCGACUGCACUAAUGAUUGCUGCCGGGAGAGGCUUUUUGAAUCAAGUAGAACAGCUGAUCAGUAUGGGAGCAAGUAUCCACUGCAGAUCAUCUAAUGGCUGGAUGGCUGUAGACUGGGCUAAGCGCUUUGGACAGACAGAGGUUGUUGACCUGUUGGAAUCCUACAGUGCUUCAGCAGGAUUUGGAAAUUUGGAUGAAAGUUCCCUGGUCCAAACAAGUGGUAGUGACCUUAGUGCAGAGGACAGAGAGCUAUUGACAGCUUAUCAUCACAGUUCUGAUGAUGAAAAAGUGGAUCUGGACCUGAUUAUGCACUUACUUUAUAACAUCUGUCAUAGUUGUGAGGCUGGAGCAAUUUUAAUAUUUCUUCCUGGAUACGAUGAGAUAGUGAGCCUGAGGGACCGUAUUCUUUAUGAUGACAGGAGAUUUGCUGAUAACGCUCACAGGUACCAGGUUUUCAUGCUUCAUUCAAAUAUGCAGACUUUGGAUCAGAAGAAAGUGCUUAAAAGUCCACCUUCUGGUGUCCGCAAAAUAAUUCUUUCUACAAACAUUGCAGAAACCAGCAUAACAGUCAAUGAUGUUGUAUUUGUUAUUGACUCAGGGAAGGUGAAAGAGAAGUCUUUUGAUGCACUAAGUUGUGUUACAAUGCUAAAGAUGGUGUGGAUUUCAAAAGCCAGUGCUAUCCAGAGAAAAGGCAGGGCUGGUCGCUGUCAACCUGGAGUCUGUUUUCGUCUCUUCAGCAGGCUCCGAUUUCAGAAUAUGUUGGAAUUUCAGACUCCAGAACUUCUAAGAAUGCCACUUCAGGAGCUUUGUUUGCACACAAAACUUCUGGCUCCAAUUAAUUGUUCAGUUGUUGACUUUCUUAUGAAAGCUCCUGAUCCUCCACCAGCUUUAAUUGUGAGAAAUGCUCUGCAAAUGCUCAAGGCUAUAGAUGCCAUGGACCCUUGGGAAGAUCUCACUGAACUUGGUUAUCAUCUCACUGAACUGCCGGUAGAGCCACACCUUGGUAAAAUGGUGUUGUGUGCCGUAGCUUUGAAGUGCCUGGAUCCUGUUCUUACCAUUGCCUGUGCUCUUGCCUACCGAGACCCCUUUGUCCUUCCUGCACUGGCCUCUCAGAAGCGUGCAGCCAUGCUCUGCAGGAAACGUUUUACUGCAGGAACAUUUAGUGACCAUAUGGUGCUUCUCAGGGCUUUCCAGGCGUGGCAGAAAGCACGCAGUGAUGGCUGGGAGAGAGCCUUCUGUGAAAAGAACUUCCUGUCUCAAGCCACAAUGGAAAUCAUUGUAGGAAUGAGAACGCAGUUGCUUGGCCAGCUUAGGGCCUCAGGUUUUGUUAGAACCAGAGGAGGAGCUGAUAUCAGAGAUGUUAAUACUAACUCUGAAAACUGGGCUGUAGUUAAAGCUGCCCUAGUGGCUGGGAUGUAUCCCAAUCUUGUGCAUGUAGACAGAGAAAGCCUGGUUUUGACUGGACCAAAGGAGAAGAAAGUGCGAUUGCAUCCUACCUCUGUGCUUAGUCAAACUCAGUAUAAAAAGAUUCCCCCAGCAAAUGGCCAAACUGCAGCUGUUCAGGCACUCCCAACAGACUGGCUUAUAUAUGACGAAAUGACGAGAGCUCACAGGAUAGCGAACAUCAGGUGCUGUUCUGUGGUAACACCUGUCACUGUGGCACUCUUCUGUGGACCAGCUAGAUUACCAAGUAAUGCUUUGCAGACAUCUUCAUCCUUUCGAGGUAUACCGGAACCUGGAUUUGGAGUAUGGGAUAUACUAGUAGGGGGUGGGGUAUCUAAUGAAAGCAGUGACAGUGAGAUGGAGGACAAAACAACUGCUAAUUUAUCACUACUGAAGCUAGAUGAAUGGCUCCAUCUCAGACUGGACCCUGAAGCUGCUGAUUUGCUGUUGCAACUUAGACAGAAGUGGCAUAGCUUAUUUCUGCGUCAUAUGAGAGCUCCUUCAAAGUCGUGGUCUCAGGCUGAUGAAGCAACUGUAAGAACAAUUGUAGCUGUUUUAACUGCUGAAGAACAGUCUGCAGGUUUGCAGCAACCGUCAGGAAUUGGUCAGAGACCAAGACCUGUGGCUUCUGAAGAACUUCCUUUAGCAUCUACACGGAGGUCAGGCAACAGCAGAAAAAGCGCAGCAGAAACUGAAUUCUCUGACUCCUCUAGUGCUGAAAAAGUUUUAAUGAAAUCUGCACCUCCUGCACUUCACCAGGCAAAGAAGUACAAACGAAAAAAUAUUUUACACUCCAAACAAACUUCAGAUGACAGGUCAGAUCGAUCAUCAGUGAAGUCUGCAGACAGCAGUAGCUAUCCUAGCCCUUGUGCUAGUCCUUGUUCUCCAAUAUCUGGAAAGUGUUCCAAAUCUCCUUCACCAAGACAAAAUGUCCCAGUUCGGUACUUUAUAAUGAAAAGUAGCAACUUGCAGAACAUUGAUAUUUCUCAGCAGAAGGGUAUAUGGUCCACUACACCAAGUAAUGAGCGAAAACUGAAUGGAGCCUUUUGGGAGAGCAGCGUGGUUUACUUAAUAUUUUCUGUUCAAGGGUCUGGACACUUUCAGGGUUUUGCUAGAAUGGAUUCAGCAAUAGGGUGUGAGAAAAGUCAAGACUGGGGAUCUCCUGGUUUUGGAGGUGUAUUUAAGGUGGAGUGGAUCCAAAAAGAAAGCAUUCCUUUUCAGUUUGCACACCAUUUGGUCAACCCUUGGAAUGACAAUAAGAAAGUACAAAUAAGCAGAGAUGGCCAGGAGCUGGAACCACAAGUUGGAGAGCAGUUGCUGCAGCUUUGGGACCAUAUUCCUUCAGCAGGAAAAAACUCAACUGAUUAAGCAUGUCAGAUAAUGUGAUGGAGCUGUGGUUGUUGGAACAUCAGCUCUAACCACAAGAACCAGCAGCGUGUCUACAAUAUAAAGAUGAGGAAGAAGGCGGCGCAACAGAUUCCUGAAGCUGCUAGUCAUACUGUGCAGCUAGGAGUGGAAAAAUAAGAGGGAAUUAUGUUGGUUUCAGUGUUUCCUAGUCUUAACAAGUGUCAAUAAUAUUAUCCACCAAUCUGUUUUUGACUGAAUUAUUUUUCUACAGUAGCAUCCAGUAGAUAUUUAAAAACAUGGUAAAGUUCAACUGAUUUUGAAACAAUGCAACACCUGUAAGUUAUUCUUGGGUUUAAAGUAGCGCAGCAGACUGUUUAAACACACAGUUUACAUUUAAAGACUUCUCCAGUAAAAUCCAGUAAAGUGUGUGAAAGAAACCAGUGUAAUGUUAAUUAACCAAUCUUGCAGUUUGCGUAAAAGAAAUAAAUUGAGAAUAAAUGGCUCCAAAUAGAAUAGAGGAUUCCAUAAGUGUUUGUAUGGCAGUGCAAAUUUCUGUAUGACAGUGCAAGAGAGCAGGAUAUAUUCAUACAAACACUUAGACAGCUGGAGAAUAUUACUUUUUAAUUUAAAUUCAUGAGACUUUUGAGUGUGGGUUGGUCCAGUAGUGUUUCCAGUUUCAAAUAUUUUUUACCUUUAAGAAGUACUCACACUUGGAUAAGCUGGAACAGUCUUUCAGAGGCCUGUUGCCAAAUGGCACUCUAAUAGUUCACUAACUUGGGCAUUAUUAGAAGACUUUUACUUCUUUUAUAAAAAAUAAAAAAUAAUUAGCAGUACCACUUCUGUCAUCUUUCAGUGUAGUUCAUGCUUCCUUUCUAUACCUUGUCUUUCAAAUUCUUUUCUUUCUUCCAUACUACUGUUGUUUUGCUUUAUUUCCCUUCUCCGUAGUCUUUAACGUCCUGUACUAUAAGGCUGGUAUAAAUUCAGUCUGCUUAUUGUCAGCACUAUAUGUUUGUGGUCAUUCUCAGGU